UGCGGAUCGGCUGUGUCCUCGGACUCCUCCUGCCCGGGCGCGGGCACGCUGCACAUUGCGACCCGUCCACGACGACCGCCGUCGGCGUACGCUCUAUGCUUCCCCUCCCUAUAUCAUCGUCUCGGAAGCGCCAGCUAUCAAGACAUGGCCUCCGGCAUCCAAGAAGCACUAAGGAUGUGCUGCUGACGCGUGCUCGGGUCACCAACCUUGGCCUCGUACUUCUCUCGAGUGUCACAGUCCUGUCCUUACUCUUCAACCUAAGCUAUCACUUUUCCUCGCCAGACUAUCUUCAGCUACCACCAGGCCGCUCGCCGCCUUCUGAUAUAUUGUCGACUAUACAGCGCCAUGACGCGCUUUCGACGAUAGACCACUUAAUCAUGGUCCCUGGACACGCAGUAUGGAAAGGUACAGAUGUGACACGAAGACUAGACGACGAAGAGUGGAUUCUAGAGCCAUACCAAAGAGGUGGAGGGCGUGUAGCUGCAUUCUACCAGCAUAUAGCAGCUGGGGCUGAGCUCGCGAGGCAGGAUGCGCAUGCACUACUGGUCUUUAGCGGUGGUCAAACCCGGCCUAUCUCAACCAGCACGGAAGCCCAGUCGUAUAUGCGGCUCGCGCUCGCUGCUGAUCUCACUCCGAGCUUGUCGGUGUCGGGUUCGCGGUCGCAUACUGCGCUCCGGGCUACGACUGAAGACUACGCACUGGAUUCAUUCCAAAACCUGUUGUAUUCUAUCGCGCGCUUCCAUGAAUACACCGGUCGCUACCCCUCCCACAUAACUGUCAUAGGUUAUGAAUUCAAAAGGCGACGCUUCACAGAGCUCCAUCGAGCAGCUCUACGCUGGCCUCGUGAACGUUUUCACUACAUAGGCAUAGACGCGGAAGGAGAAGAGUUGAUCAAGGCCCAAGAGGGCGAGAGACUGAACGGAUAUCUACCCUAUACCGUUGACACUUACGGAUGCCACGAUAUGCUUCUCUCCAAACGGCGCUCGCGGAAUCCCUUCAUUCGGUUUCAUUCGUAUCAUUCAUCGUCCCCGGAGCUUGCCCCGUUGUUGAACUGGUGUCCUGGACUUUUGGAAGGCGGUCAGACAGCUAUCUAUGGUGAUCCUCUCCCUUGGGAUGCCUUGUAAUGUCCUCCCGACGCCCGUAUAUAGGCAUAAUAUUGGAUGAUGUACUCACUUCAUGCGACUAAGUGCUGCUGUACUUGGUGAACCCAAGAGGACCUGUUGCAUGCUC